AUGCGACCAUCAUCACCCCUCUCGCUCCUUCUAUUCCUCCAAUUCUCAACCGCAUUCCCAGUGGACCCACGAACAACAUCUCAAUCCCAAAAAUGUUUGAACUCCCCAUCUUGCAGCUCACUCCGCUCCGCAAUGAGCACACUCUCUUUCUCCCUCUCCCACCCUAAACCCAGCGAUCCCCGUAAUCCGCAUUUCCCAGAACAUCAAAAACAACCCCUGGUAACCUUCGUCAAACCAACCACUACUUCCUCUUCUUCCUCGGACGAAGGAAAUUUCGCCCAUGAAGGUGCUUUCGAUAAUGCGCCAAUGACACCUUCAAAAGAUAUCUCCGCGAAUGAAGCACUUUCUGCCGAGGCUCCGCUCAGUACAGCAUAUCUCCAAAGUUUGACGAAAACGGUUGAUGAAGACGAGGCGAGACCCAGUAUGCCUACUUCUGCACUACCUAGUUUGCGCAAAGAAGACGCGCGGAGAUAUUGGGAGGAGGAAAGUGGGAAGAAAAGCAUCAGUGGAGAAAAGCCAGAUUGUGGAAAUUCGAAAAUGUGGCAUGGAACUGCUGUGGGCUAUAGAAGUCGAAUGACCCAUUUCGAGAUGGGAAGUAGAAAUGAUUUCAUGGUUGUGGGGAUUGUGGUAAUUUUCUUAUUUGUGGUUUUUGCCUUGGAGGUUAUGGACAGGGUUGGAAAUCGAAAUUCGAAAAGAGGGGAGAUCUUUCUUGAAGAUGAUGAGACGUAUGCUUUUAUCGUUAAGAAACCAAGACACUUUCUUGAGCGAGAAUCUAGAUGCAAAUGCGCGCAAGUAACGGAAUUCAAGGAAUAUAAAGAUGAUGAGACGGUUGUGGCGGAGGAUUUCAAUGGGGAUGCUGAGAGAAAGAUAUAA